AUGGAUCAGUGGACGGGCGUGCAUCGGGCGUUUAUAAUACGCGCCUAUUAUAGAAAUAACGAUUCCAUAAGCACAGCACAGCGAAUGUUUAAGAAACAGUUUAGCAUUUAUCAGAUACCGCCAACAAAUGUCAUCAAAUCCUGGCUGCGGCAUUUCGAGUGCACGGGCUCCUCGCAAGCGGGUGGCUCGAUAGCGCGUUCCUCCUCCAUUCCUCAAAUCUUCUGCACCAUUUGCAAUCAGUGCUUGAGCAAUGAGAAGAACUUCAGCAGCUCCAUUAAAUAAUAAUCAUAAUCAAUUAUAUUGUAAUAAUUCGUAAAAUUUGUCUAGUAUUAUAUUCUAUGAAAUUCCUUUGAAUCUAGUCUUAU